ACUGUGGCGUUAAAACACAGAAAAAAUAUUAAAAGUUAAUUAACAUCGAAUUAACUUGACAGAAAUUAGCUGCGGAGUGAUUAGCAAGCAACCAAAAUUCGAAAAUUGUGUGUGUGUAAUUAGUCAAUAAUAGAUUCCUAGCAUCUUAAAUGCUCUGUGAGUGCUCAGUUUGUCAGUGUCAAGUGCAAGUGAGGAAUUUUUUUUCUAUUCUUCUUCUUUCUGGAGUACAAAGAAAAGGGAAAUUUUGCGAGAAACAAAAUAAAAGUGAAUUUAAAUGUUAAAAUACAACAACAUAACAUAGUAAACAAAUGUCUAGUUGUUAUUGUUUUGCUGAUAGUAUGAAAAACAAGUGCUGCAAUAUCUAUUGAUUCCUCUUAAAAAAGGUUGGUCGAAGUUCGCUGCCCAACCCACCCCCAUCAAUAUGGUUACUUCUACUAUUGCUGAGAUAGUAGCUUCAUAAAAAGCCAACAUCAUACAUUCAUUCAUUGCUUGAAAAGCUGUUGCUGCUUUUUUCUUCUUCUCAUCAUCCACCAGUGACCAUUGCCUUUGUUGGUGCUAUUGCCCUGUGUGCGCCGCCAAGCUUCAUUUGUUUAGUGAAAAAUACCUACAAUAAAAGCAACGUUGAACAAUUUUAAGUAUAUUAUUAUUAUUAUUUGGCUAUAUGGCUAACAAUUUGUCCCCAACGCAAACAUAUACCAACCAUCAUCCCAUCGGUACCUGUUGUUAUAAAACGGAAAGUUUCUAUGACCAUUGUUAUGGUCACGGUGAUCAACAACAACAGCAGCAGCAGCAACAGACAAAUUUUUCAUUAAAGUAGUUGAUAGACUACAUAGUGUUGGAGCCUUUAUCGGCGAGUUAUUGAUUUUUCUUUAUACCAAGUUGAAUUGGCAGCCAACCAAACCCUAUUUUCAAAUCAACUUUUGCAAACAUACAAUAUGGAAUUGAAAGUUUGGGUCGAAGGUAUCCAAAGGAUUGUUUGUGGCGUUACCGUCAACACAACUUGCCAGGAUGUUGUGUUUGCUUUGGCUCAUGCUACCGGCAAGGUGGGACGUUUCACCCUCAUCGAAAGAUGGCGCAACAAUGAACGUCUAUUGGCACCAAAUGAGAAUCCCUUAAAGCUUCUAUUGAAAUGGGGGGAGUAUGCAAAUGAUGUACAAUUUAUAUUGCAACGCUCCGAAAGUAAGCAACAACAACAAAACCAGAAUCAGAACCAACUUCAACAACAAACACAUUCCAAGCUUGAAGCGCAGCAAAGCAUUAGUAAUAAUAGCAACGGCAACAGCAACAACAAUGAAAGCACAACUGUGAUGUCUAACAAAAAGCCAUUGGGUUUAAGCAAUAUUACUAACAAUAAUAAUAACAAUAACAACAACAAUAAUAAUAACACUAACACUAAUAUAAGUGAUAAACAAAACAACAAUAACACAACAACAACAACUACUAACAAUCCAAUUGUUGAGAAUGCAUUAAAUGCAACAACGCCGCCGAAUUCGCAGGCAAAUACAACGCAACAACAAAAACAUUUAACCAUGGAACUCAGUUUAAAUGCAGCCCACGAGAGAGCCAAGGAAUUGAAAAAGGCUUUUGGGGUUCCCGACUCAAAACCUUUCGACAAUAUUGGCAUUGUCAAGGGCAUACCUCAAAGGAAUGCCAAUGGUAAUAAUACCCAAGCUAUGGCCACUACAGUUUCGACUGCAGCAGCAUUAAUACCACGUCAUGAAAAAUCGCAUUCGAAUCCCAUUGAAAUGCCUUCCUCUAUGAGUGGAGGUAACACAAGUUUGGGUUUGGGCAGUGGCCCUGGUGGUUUGGGCAAAGGAAAUGGUGCUUAUCCCGAAAGUAUUAGUUACAAUAGUAAUACCAACAACAACAAUCGCAAUACUUCUAACAAUAUAUACCAACAAUUGGGUGCUCAUAAUAGCAAAUCAAUAAACGAAAUCAAUUUAGCCGAGGUACGCAAUGCCCUGGACAGGCGAACUACAGGAGCGGCUGCAGGCAAUCACAGCAUGAACUCAGGCGUCGAACCUAUGAGUGGCAGCGCUGAAAUAAUAUUCACCUCAAACUUCUCAUCUGCAGCAACAUCAUCAUCAUCAGCAGCAACGAAUAAUCAUGGCAGCCAAAUGACAAUUGGUAGCAGCGAAAAUCUUUUAGACAUUUACAACGGCAAUGCAGCAACGAUGAGUAGUAAUAAGUUUUCCAAUUCACCCAACGAAUUGUACAAACAAACACCAUCGAUAUCGGCAAAUGGUGCUCUAGUUCCACCACCUUACCGCGAUCCACCGCCACCACGUAAUAGCCCCUUGCAGCAACAGCUAGGUGGUAGUCAACAGCAACAACAACCACCACUUCCAACAUCUGCGAAUGUUUCGACAAAUUCCAAUGCAUUGUAUUCGAAUCAGCCACAACAACAUAACCCACAAGCAUCAUAUCAAUCACCAGACUAUGAUUUUGUGGAUUAUCAACAAAUAAGCGAUUUGGUAUUACCCGCCAGCAUGGAUGAGAGCGAAAGUAUUUUCCAGGCCACCCAAUACAAUGAUCUACUGCAGUUGAUAAAAUUCCAAAGGGAAAAAAUUAAUCAACAACAAAUGGAAUUAACCAAGUAUGAUGCCGAAAUUGUCUAUUUGGAGUCUAAGGAAAGAGAUCAGGCCCAGGAAUUGGAAGCCAUAUCAAGAGAAAUAACUAAAGCUGAUCAACUAUUUCGACAGGGCAGUGAGCAGCUUCAAACUUUACAAUACGUUGAGGAGGAAAAUGAACUGGUGAAACAACAGGAAAAAACUCUUAAGUCUGAAAUCGCUUUGUUGCGCUCAAAAUUGGCCAAUUGUGAGACAGAACUAUUACAAUGCAAAAACAAAAUACGUUUGCUAAUGGAUGACAUCGAGAUUGAGCAGAGAAAUAAUUCAAAACAAAAUAUGAGACAAAAUGUUGAACGUGAUUUUCUUAUGGAAAUGGAACGCAUCCAAAGCGAAAUUGAUCAGGCCAUACACAAUACGGAUACAUCGAAUAAAACUGCAGAAAGUUUGAAAAAAGAAAUACUGUUAAUCGAAAAUGCCAUACAGGAAAAGAAGAGACAGGUUGAACAAUUGGUCAAUGAAAUGAAAGAAGUUAAUCUACAAAGUUUAACAGUAACAACAUCGGAAGAGAUAAAACAUUUGUUAGAAGGCUCUAAUAAACCUGGCAGUAGUCGUCGUAUUAUUGGUUCUCCACGUCAGUUGGAGAAUGCUGUACCCACAAGUAAAAAUCCCCAUGGAGUUUGGGUUUAAUUUAAAACGUAAACCUUAUACAACAAUAUGUCUAUGAAAUACCUCUCAUCUCUCGUACUUACUUACAACCUUAACCAUAUCAAUUAUCGAAACUAAUAACGAAAUUUA